GGCCAGACGGGUCUCACCAGCACCAAGAUGAGUGUCACCUCCUGGUUCCUAGUGAGUAGCAGUGGCACCCGCCAUCGGCUCCCGCGUGAGCUCAUCUUCGUGGGGCGCGAUGAGUGUGAGCUUAUGCUGCAGUCCCGCAGCGUGGACAAACAGCAUGCCGUCAUCAACUACGACCAGGACCACGAUGAGCACUGGGUGAAGGAUUUGGGCAGUCUCAAUGGAACUUUUGUGAAUGACCUGCGAAUCCCAGACCAGAAAUACAUCACGCUGAAGCUCAACGAUGUCAUCCGCUUUGGCUACGAUUCCAACAUGUAUGUACUGGAGCGGGUGCAGCACCGUGUGCCUGAGGAGGCACUCAAGCAUGAGAAGUACACCAGCCAGCUGCAGGUGGGUGUCAAGAACCUGGCGCCUAGGAAGAGUGAGGCACCACCCGAACUCACAGCCUACUGUGAAACCUCACACCCCCGUCUGGAGAAGGGGGACCGGAGACCUGGAACAGAGUCUGUAGUGUACCGCACACCUUUGUACGGGCAGCCGUCCUGGUGGGGAGAGGACGACAGUGGCGCACCACCUGAGGACCGGCGCCAGGAGGACCCCUACCCAGAGCGUGCCAAGGAGUCAGCGCAGCGAGACAGCGAGCUGGACGGCCCACCAGCUGGCUGUCGUAGCCUUGUUGAGCCUCAGGGCUACUCCUUCCGCCGGGAGCCCAGCUACUUUGAGAUCCCCACGAAAGAAGCCCCGCCACCACCAUCACGGCCCCCAGAGGUGCCGGAGCAUGAGGCGCCCACCAAGGAUGAGGCGGCAGGUGGUGGGGCAGGGCCCGUGGUGCAGAGCCAUGCCUCCUUCACCAUCGAGUUUGAUGACUGCAGCCCUGGCAAGGUGAAGAUCAAGGACCACAUCACCAAAUUUGCCCUGCGCCAGCGGCGGCACCCUGGCAAGGAGGCCACGCCUGUGGAGAUGGUCUCCGCGGAGACCAAGGUGGCCGACUGGCUAGUGCAGAAUGAUCCGAGCUUGCUGCGCCGGGCUGGCCCGGGCGAUGACCACCACAGUGCCAAGAGUGACCUGCCUGUCUACACCCGUACCCUGAGAGGUCACAAGCAUGAAGAUGGCACACAGAGCGAUUCAGAGGACCCCCUGGCCAAGGUGGCCUCAGUGGCCGGGGCCCCCAUGGAGGCCAGCGGGGAGCAGGUGCGGCUGCAGAGGCAGAUCAAGCGGGACCCCCAGGAGCUGCUGCACAACCAGCAGGCCUUUGUCAUCCAGUUCUUUGAUGAGGACACGCCCCGCAAGAAGCGCUCACAAUCCUUCACGCACACCCCACCUGGUGACCCCAAAGCUGAUAAGCGCCGGGUCCCGGGGCCCACUGAUCGGGAGCGCCCAGGUGCCCCUGCACGGGGAGCAGCAGGCAGCAGCUCGGGGUCACAGAGGGCCAGCUCACUGAAGAGAGAGAAGACAGAGGAGCGGUUGAGUAGCACCUCGCCAGCCCCUCGGGCCCUCGCCCGACCCUUUGGCAGUGUGGGGCGCCGCUCCCGCCUGGCCCAGGACUUCAUGGCCCAGUGCAUGCGGGAGAGCUCCCCAGCCACCAGGCCCAGCCCUGAGAAGGUGCCCCUGGUGCCACCCACACCCCCGACAUCCUGUGGGGCCAGCCCAUCCCUACCACCACCUCUUUCCGAGCCCCAGCUGACCAAGGCGCGCAGACAGGAUGAGGAUGACAGCCUCAGUGAUGCAGGCACCUAUACCAUCGAGACAGAGGCACAGGACAGGGAGGUGGAAGAGGCCCGCAAGAUGAUCGACCAGGUUUUUGGGGUACUUGAGUCCCCUGAACUCUCCAGAGUGUCCUCGGCUACCUUCCGCCCUGUGAUUAGAGGGGAAAGGGAUGAGUCCAGUGAUGGAGGCGUGGCCCAGAGAAUGGCCUUGCUGCAGGAGUUUGCCUCCCGGCCACUGGGUGUGGAUCCCUCUGUGGAGCACCAGGGUCUCAUGGUUCCGGGCUGCCCUGGAGGUCAGAAGUGGGUGUCCCGCUGGGCCAGCCUUGCCGACAGCUAUUCAGAUCCCGGCUUGUCAGAAGAUGGCCCAAGACACAGAGCCAGGGAGCCUGAGGGGCCCCUGCCUGUGCGCACCAGACGACUGCUUCCCCAGCUGCCCAGCGACAGGGCUGACAGCCCUUCAGGCCUAGAGGUCACCAGGAGGAGUGGGCCUGGGCCACCAGAGACAGGCAUUGAGCAGGCCAGCCGCCUGGUUGGCCAGGAGGACCUGGACCCCGACAGCCUCAGUGAUGCCAGUGGGUCAGAUGGGGGCCGGGGCCCUGAGCUGGGCACAGAGCAGCAGGAAGUUAGGCACAGGAGCCCCCAGGAGGGACCAGCCUGGCCCAAGGGGCGGUGCUCACCAAGGGGCCCCAGGGAGCCUGCCCCUGUCUCUUUCUUCAUUGGCAACGAGAAAGAGGGUGCUGCGAACGAGGGUGCUGGUCUCCGGAAACCCAUGGCAGCUCCUGGGGAGGCAGAGGGCCCAGGACGAGUGGCCCAGACCAGCCCCCCAGCACGGGAUGACCUCUGCAUGAGUAGCAGUGAGCGAAUGGUCAUCCAGAUACACCCGGGGCCCAACAGCUCCAGCCUUGUCCCACCCCGGGAGGCCCUGGGCUUUGUGCGGCAGGAGAGCUUCACCAAGGAGCCAGCGAGCAGCUCUUCGGCUCCCAACAAGCUUCCACACAUCUCCAGCCAUCCGCUCCUGCAGGACCUGACCACGGCCCAGGCUGCUCGCAUGGAUCUCCACGUGCAGGAUACACACCUGAUCCUGAAAGAGACUGAGACGGCCCUGGCAGCCCUGGAAGCCCGGCUGCUCUCCAAGACCACAGACAAAGAGGGUGAGGGGGGCAGUACCCCCAGGCCACCAGACGACUCCCUCUCUGGGGACUCAGAUGUGGACACAGGCAGCACCGUCAGCCUGCUCAGUGGCAAGAAUGGGCCCAGCCCGACGAUCCCUCACCCUCCAGGGCCACAGAAGGAGAGGCUGCCAUCUCCAUCAGUGGCCCAGGACCUGGGGGGUGCCACCCUGGGCAGUGUGCGUGAGCGGCUCUCAGAGAAGCAGCAUCGCCUGACCAGCCCCACUGACCAAGGCCGCGGAGAGCCAGUGCGGCACCUGGCUGCCCGGCGUGGCCGUGGGCCCCGAGGGUCCCUGGACUGGACUGAGGAACGAGGCUCCAACCUCACCCACCUACCCACAGACACAGUCACCCCCAACCAUGAGACCCCAGAGGCCACUGGGGCAGGUCGACCAGGGGCUCGCCGGAAACCAGCGGCCCCCUCACCUUCCCUGGCUGCCCGAGAGGAGCAGAGCCGUGGUUCCACCAGUGUCCAGAAAGUACAGCAGGCGCUGACCCGCUCCAACAGCCUGUCUACCCCGAGACCUACACGGGCCUCCCGACUCAGGCGGGCCCGGCUUGGGGAAACCUCCGACACCGAGGUCACAGACAGUGACCGGGGAGCCCCAGCCAACCCUGAGCCAGUGGGCCGGCCAGCUGCUGAGCAGGCCAAGAAGCUGUCCCGCUUGGACAUCCUGGCCAUGCCCCGGAAGCGGGCUGGCUCCUUCACGGGGCCCAGCGACUCCGAGGCAGCCCCUGCCCGCACAGGCUUCUCGGGCCGCAGCGUCGAGCUGUACUGUGCCAACCGUAAGCCCACCAUGGCCGAUGCCCGCACUGCUGCCAGGAAGGCUGCCGCCACUGCUACUACCACAGGCUCUCGCCAGCCCUUCAGCCGGGCACGCCCGGGCAGUGCCAGAUAUUCCUCCAACACGCGUCGUCGGCAGCAGGGCUCGGAUUACACGUCCACCUCCGAGGAGGAAUACGGCUCCCACCACGGCUCCCCCAAACAUGCACGCUCCCAUACCUCAACAGCCACGCAGACCCCAAGGGCCGGCAGUGCAAGCCGGGUUCGUUCCCGGGCCCCUGGCCCCCGGGACACAGAUGAUGACGACGAGGAGCCUGACCCCUACGGGUUUAUCGUGCAGACGGCUGAGAUUGCAGAGAUUGCCAGGCUGAGCCAGACCCUGGUGAAGGACGUGGCCAUCCUGGCCCGGGAGAUAAACGAUGUGGCCACAGACGGUGAUUCGCUGGGCUCCCCAGGGCCCACGCGUAGCCCCUCCCUUGGGAAUGUGCCCAGCACCCCCGCCUCGACCAUCUCUGCCCACGAGGAGCUGGUGCAGCGCAUCCCAGAGGCCAGCCUCAACUUCCAGAAGGUGCCACCUGGCACUCUGACCUCUCAGUACCUGGACCAGAACAUGAAUAGCAGCCACGAAGAUGCCUUGGGCAACAAGACAAGGCCUCGGAACCGCGAGGAGGUGAUCUUCGACAACCUGAUGCUGAACCCGGUGUCUCAGCUGUCCCAUGCCAUCAGGGAGAACACAGAGCACCUCGCCGAGAAGAUGAAGAUCCUCUUCCAAAACACAGGCCGCGCGUGGGAGGACCUGGAAGCCAGGAUUAAUGCAGAGAAUGAGGUGCCCAUCCUGAAGACGUCCAACAAGGAGAUCAGCUGCAUCCUGAAGGAGCUGCGGCGCGUGCAGAAGCAGCUGGAAGUCAUCAACGCCAUCGUGGAUCCCAGUGUGAAUCUGGACCUGCUCACAGGAAACCGGGCUCCCACAGGCCCCGCCACCCAGGGGCUGGGAAAGGGCCCCACUGUGUCUGCCCCAGCUGAGAGCCUGCUGCCCCUGAGGGGAUUCCCACCAAGGGCCACCUGUGGGCCACCCAGCCUGGCAGAGCCUGCCUUCCUCCCCGAUGCUGAGCACUUCCUGAUCUAGACCCAGGCCAGGCCAGGCCUCCUGUGCCUGCCUGUCCACUGCUCGACCCGCCACUUGGCCAGAGUGUCUCCGAAUCCCCCACAUGUGCCAUAGCCCCAUGGGCAGGCACCUCCUGCUCUGCCAGCACCCCACCCUUCUUGCCCACCCCCACCGAGGCCCCCUGGCCCAACUCCUGGUGCGGCCACUGCCAAGGGCACAUCCCCCACUCCUCUCCAUGCUGUCAUUUCAUCAUUAGCUUUCAAGGAAAGAGUAGUCUGUGCCAUGGCAGUGCCCAGCCCUGCCCAUGAUGCUCCAGUGCCUGGGAGGGUGCCCUGCCUCACUGGAGGCUCUUGCUGACCGAUCUCUCCCUGUAUGCUGGCCCAAGGCCAGGCAGGGGAAGAAGGUGGGCUAGGGCUGUUCAGGGCCAAAUGUGAGCUGGAGGCCUGUGCUGGGCCAGAGCUGCCUCAGAGUCUAACAGCCAGGUAGGCACAUGGUUGUGGAAACACUGGGGCAGGAACCCCACAGCUCCAAGCUUUUGAUGCCAACACAACUGCCAAACCCCUAGCUUGAGGGCUGCCAGUGGAGCCCUCCUGAGUGUGGGCAUAGGUUGGGGGAUGCCCAGGUGCCCCUCUGUGCUGCACCAGAGGUGUGGGGUGGUAGAGGCACCAGCAGCCCCUCUGAGGAGGGAGAGCUUGACCAAAGUGGCUGGAAACAGGUUUCUGGAAGAUCUGAUGCUGUGGUAUGGACAGUGUGCCAGUGUCACCCCUGUUCUCCGGAUGUUGUGGGCAUUAAAUGGGCAUCUGCAACAGGUAGUGGCCUGAUCCCUUGCAGGGGAUGGUGGGACAGGGACAGGCCCCAUGAGCAGUGACACUUUCUCAGGACUCUUUCUGCUGGGAACCAGCCCCUCUGCAACGCCGUCUUGGGCACUGUAUCUGGAGCCCUAAGCCAAAGAGCUGUGGCCAUGGUGGCUGGGGUGCCCACCUCCUCAGUCAGGCAUUGGUGUGGGUGUCAGACCUGGACGGGCAGGGGCUGGAAGAGGGUCUGAGCAGUGGGACCCGGAGUCUGCAGUGGCGAUGUGGCCUCCCUGUUUACAGUUUGCCAACAUGGAGCCUGGCACGGGUGUCCUAUGUGCCUGUGACUCGGCCCACCCCAUGUUUACAUGUGUGUGCAGGGGCUGGGUGGCAGAUGCCACUGGGCCCCACCCCAAGAGCCUGCUGUCCCUUUGGAGGAGGUGCUAGUUGGGCUGCUGCCCACCUGCAUGCCCUGUGCUGUUGCCCACAGCCUGGCCCCGGAAACAGUGGCUGCUCACCUUCGUCCACGCCUGCUCCUGGCCACCGCUGUACAAUUUCUUUUAUGCACAUGUUGGUGUUCCUCCACACGUCACACUCCCGUUUCCCCCACUGGCCCUCGGCCUGGGGCUGGGAUUGCCCCUGCCUGGCUUCUUGGCGGUUGUCUCUACAUUGUUCUCAGGUGGUCUUGUGGAUGUCUCAGAAAAUGGUUAUUUUAUAUGAUUUGUCAUGGAAUUUGUUCUAAUAAAUCAUUCUUGUAUCACGUGGCAGCACACCAGGUCUGCCGCCUCACUCCAUGGGUGGGGAUCAGGCUCCACCUGGGCAGGGGUGGCUCUGCCAGACCAAGGGAGGCUGCAAUCCAGAGAAGCGGCCACCAGGUGGCAGCCGGGGUGAAAAAGGAAAGCAGAUGUUUGCUCGGGAGAGAAAAGGUGGUUAUUUUACUACAGCCAUUCAAGGACCCGGAGCCCAAGGAAGCUCUUUGAAGUAUGCGAAGUGCAUAAAAGUAGGCAGCAAGAGAGGCCUCAGGUGCAGUUCUGUGAGCCCUUGACAAUCCCAGGUCUUUCCUUUGUGUCUUUAGAAGAGCCUUUCAAAGGGCGGUUGCUGUUUGCUUGGCACAGUGCAAGUCCUGCUGCCUACAGACUGAGUGCCCCAAGGACAGCCUGCCCCUUAGCCAUCGCUCUCCUGCUCAAGUUCUGGGCUGGCUGGCUUGGGAGCCAGGAGCAGGGCAUGGCAGACCUCUGGACACCAGUGGGGGGUGGCAAGGGGUAGUGCAGGUCUAGACUGAAGGAUGCAACUGCUGCCUUGGCUGCCCACCGGGCCUGAGUCUUCCCUGAUGAGCCUCAUCCUGCCCAGGUUCCUGGCCCAACUACAGCUUCCCUGGCAGGAGAAGCAGGGAGCUGUGCUGUCUCUGCAUGCCCAACCCCUCCAGGGCCAGGCAGGGCUGUAUGUGUGUCCCCACCAGUGUGGAGGUACGUAGGUAGGCUGGCAGGCACACAGGCUCAAACUCUGGCCUAUUAUAUCCCAGUGAAGGGAGGCUACAUCCCAGGGAAACUUCACUCCCAGCAGUGGCCCUUGCAGAGUGCAUGCAGCCUCUGCCCACCCUGGGGACAUGUUGAGGCCAGGCUGAAAGAAGAGGCAGUUGAGCUGAGCACCCACCAUGAUGGAGGCCAGGUUAGCCCCAGCAGGCCUCACUGAGCUCUGUGGAGGUGGAGGGGAGACAGUGUGGCUGCCAGGCUGUGUGGGAUUGGAAGGAAGGAGGAUGCAGCUUGGUCUGUUCAGCAAGUGAAGGUGUGGCUCUAGAGAGAAGUGGUAGUUGGGCCUUGGGGAAUGGACUGGGGUGUGGGAAAGGAAGUUGAGGGCAGAGGUUGGAGCCCACACAAGGGUGGUGCUGGGGGCAGAGGGGCAGCAGAGAGUGUAGGUGAUGCAGUGAGCUCACACUAGGGUCUGAGGUUGUCACAGGGAGUAGGACUCAGCUUGGAGUUUGAAGGCAAGACCCCUAUGGGGACAGAGAUGGCAGUUCAGGGGCUCUGAGCCUGAUGUGGGUUUCAGGCUGUUUGCAGAAAUGAAUAAAACAUGCCAAGGCACAGAAUAUAAAUCAUCUCUGAUUAGUUUUGUUGUUAGCAAAUAAACCUGAUCUCCAGAAAGAAUUAGGCUCACAUAUUUUCCAUGCAAAAGCCAAUGGCUUUUUAUAAACUUGUGCUUCAUUGUGAUAUUUUGCUCAUAUCCCUGAGACCCCACCCCCUUCUCCCUGCUCCCUUAACUGCUCCUCUUGUCUAGCAGUCUUCCUUCUACUUUCAAGUAAUGCUUUUUCUAGAGCCCAUGUAUUAGGAAGAGCACAAUGCUGUCUUUCUGUAUCUGGCUUUUUCGGUUUAAUGUGACAGUCUCCAGUUCCAUCCAGUGCCCUGCACAUGCUAUGACUUUGUUCUUCUUUAUGGCUGAGUGAUAACCCAUGAUGCAUACAAACCACAUUUUCUUCAUCCACUCAUCCAUUAAAGACGUCUAGGCUGAUUCCAUUUGCCACAGAAAAAGUGAGAAUGCAGAUAUCUCCAUAGAAAGCUAAUUCAGUUCUUCUGAGUGUCUGCUGAGGAGUGGUACAGCUGAAUCAUAUUAUAGUUCUACUUUUAGCUUUUUGAGGAAUCUCCACCCUGAUUUCUGUGUGGCUGUACUAACUUACAUUCUCACCAGCAGUGUAGAAGCGUUCCUUUUUUUCCACAUUCUCGCCAGCAUUUAUUGUCUUUUGAAUUGUGGAUGAGAGCCUUUCUGACUAGGGUG